GCUGCAGUGAUGAUGAGUCCAUUGGCUGUGUGCACUGUGCAUUGACCAACCAAGGACUGCCAUCGUGGCUGCGCACACCGACCCAUAGCGUGCGCCAUGCCAUACUCUCAGUAACCGGGACCGGACCAUAAACUUGCCUCAGCAGAGGGUGGGCAACCCGAGGCUUGUUUGCGAGAGGAGCUGCAUUGCGGAGUUCGGCGUCCACGAGAGCGCGGCCCACAUGGCACCUCAAGCCUGCCAGGAUGCCAAGUUCCAAGUUUCACUGCGAGCGCUGCGAGAAGGAGCUGUCACUAUCUGCUUCCCUCUCCAACGCGAUCAGUACAUUUGACAAUGCACUGUCUUCGUCAGGGUCCGGCUCUUCUCCGACGGGGAGCGCCCGUUUCGACACCAGCAGCGCACUUGUCGCUACCGGAAUCACCGGCCUUCUAGGUGUCUCGACAUACCAUCUCGUUCCCAUUCCGCAAGGCAAUAGCUGCACCGACCAGCCGAGCCUGAGUCCACGGCAGAGAGAAAAGAGCAAGGCUUUUCCUCCAGAGCGGCUGCGUGAUGGUGAAUCUGCAAGGGCGACAGGGGAUACGUCUGGAAUGGAGCAGAACCAAAGAACCCAUGAAAGCGAUUCCAAGCCACGGGCAAACUCCCUCACAGCAAAUCUCGCAGUGCGGUUCAAGUUACUGGACCUGCUCAACUCGCACAACCCUCCAGAGCCUACUCCAGCUGUUGACCCUCCGGAUCCUUGGCGAAAGGGUUCACAAAGUAGUGGUCGGGAGCACGAGGCCGAAACUGUAAACGGGAAAAGCGACGACGACGUACUUAGAAGAGCAGGUAAUCGCAAGAUCCAUCAUCCUCUUUGCAGGGAAUGCACGGACCAAUUGUUGGAGUUGAUGGCGGCUGAGACGACCUUAUUACGCAAGGAGAGGGAUGCAUUCCAGCAUUUCGACUUGGUCAUGUCCCAGUAUGAGCAACACCAGUCCGAGGUCGGAGUGGAGGAUUUGGAGGAAUUGAAGAAAGAGAUCAAGUCGCUGAGGGACCAAGAAGAGGAAGCUCGGCGUGCGCUGUACGCAAGUGAAAAGGAGCGGGCGGAGGUUGAAAAGGAACUGGAGCAAAUUGCAGAGGAAGAGAAAGCGCUCGAAGCUGAAGAGAACGACUUCUGGGUCCGCUACAACGAAGCAAACCUACAGCUCAACGAGCUUCAGGGAGAAGCUUCUUCUCUGGAGCAGACGAUCGCGCUGGACACUGCGUUGCUCGACAGAUUGCGGCGAACAAAUGUGUACAAUGAUGCUUUCUCGAUAGGCCACGAUGCCGGGUUCGCAACAAUCAACGGACUGCGUCUGGGAAGAAGCAGCUCGGUGAAUGUCGACUGGGCCGAGAUUAAUGCUGCGUGGGGGCAAGUCGUCUUGCUGCUUGACACGCUGGCUCGAAAGUGCGGCCUUCAGUUCAAAGGGUACAAACUCCAUCCCAAAGGAUCCUUCUCGUCCAUCGAGAGGCUCAGCACCAACUCGACCGCAAGUGGCAGCGGCAGCGCCGCCGGAAACAUACGAGGAGACAUUUAUGAGCUGUACUACUCGAACGCCUGGUCGGUUGACACGCUCUUUUCUGGUCGAGGCAGGAGCUUCGACCGCGGCAUGGAGGCGUUCAUGGAAUGCCUGAGGCAGAUGAUGGAAUUCGCCAGUGCGCGGGACGACCCUCCCAGGUUUCCCCACACCAUCAACAAGGACAAAAUUGGCGAAGUGUCGAUCAAGCGUAGCGGCAGCGAGGAGUCGUGGACGCGUGCACUACGACAUGUGCUCUUGACCCUGAAGCUGCUAAUGAGCUGGGUGGUCAAUGACUCGGAAGAUAGCGAAGAAACGAAUCGCUCAGAUUGAUUGAGCAGCUGCGAGAAAGAAUAUGAUGUUGUAUGCCUGCCUUUUGUAUUCUUCCCUCCCCACGAUGUGUUGGGCAUAAACUACACUGACAAAUACCAG